AUGUCCCUAUCCUAUGCUCUGGAGGGCGACAGCACACACGUAAACAGCGCUCCCACCACUGCGGGACUGGUUGACAGCACUGGGGGAACAGGAGGGCAAAGUGCGGAGACCUCAAGUGGCCCCUAUGGACCUUCCAACGACCUUUGGUUGACACAGGAGGUGGACCGCUUGACGAGUAUGCAGCGGGCGCUUCCAUCUGAUGGCCUCCUUCUGACGCGGGGCAAGUGGAGCUGCGAAAGGCGCACCGCCAGCGACAUUGUGCUGGUGGGAACCAUGCAUUUCCACAACCUCUCCGACCGGCGGGAACUCUUCAUUCCUGAGCUGCGCGCAGAGGCAACCCUGCUGGCAUCCGAUAGCCUCCGGAAUGUGAUCACGCACACAGAGGUGGUACCUCGACACACAGGCAAGUACGCAGUCUCUGCGCGGCCAGACGGCUACUGGCAAGCCUUCAUCCUGGAGGCAGGCAAAACCACCAGCAUUGAGGCCCGCGUCUCAAUACGUGCCCCUGACGAGCAAACCUCCCUAGACUUCCUCCAGGCAGUGUGGUUCCGCGUCCACUACAUUGCCUACGGUCCCCACGGCCGCACCCCCCACACCCAGCACGCCAUCCUGCCCCUCAGCUUCCCGCAAGCAGACACCGCCACACCGCAAUGGAGAAAAGCGGGCCCGCGCGCGCAGGUGCUGCCCAUUCGCACGCAUCUGCUCUCCCAUCUCGACGACCCUCUCGCCAUCUUCAACCGGUACGUGCUGCCGCACGCGCGGCCAGGCGACAUCUUGGCGCUCGGGGAGACGCCGCUCGCCAUCAUGCAAGGCCGGUUCCGGCACCCCAGCAGUCUCCGCCUGAGCUGGGUGGCCCUGUGGGCGUGCCGCCUCUUCCACCCCACCUCCAGCCUGGCCACCGCCUGCGGCAUGCAGGCCCUGGUGGACAUUGUCGGGCAGCUGCGGGUAGUAGCGGCCGCCCUGCUGGCCGGAGUCGCGCGGCUGCUGCGCAUCCGCGGCAUGUUCUACAACCUGGCGGGAGAGCAGGCCCGCCUGAUUGAUGACGUCAGCGGCACCCUGCCCCCGUACGACCAGUUCAUCUGCCUGGGCCCGGUGCGGCCGCAGCAGACGGUGGACGCGCUGCGCGAGCGGACGGGGGUCGAGGCGGCCAUUGUGGACGUGAACGACCUGCGCAAGUGCCAGGUCCUCGCGGCGUCCCGUGGAGUUGAUCCUCAAGCGUUGGCGGCUGCACUGUUGGACAAUCCAGCAGGCAAUGCGGACGAGCAGACACCUUUGGUGCUGGUCCGUAUUGAGCCUCAAUAAGCAGGGGACUUGGGCUUGGGAACCAACUACCGUGGCUUCCACUUUCCCAAGAAUCUUGUCCAUCGUUGUCUGAAGCGCGGCAAAUUUCGCUGUCAGUGUCUAUGCACCAAGCCUGAUUCGAAGUGGCCGUUCAACUGUAAACCUGCCAAUCACGGCUCAGAGUAUGCCGGGGCAACAGACUGCGGAGUAAACCUGCUUUGUCUACUAACCUUCUUUUCAUACUUUUCCGUCGGUUGGGCUAGAGAUGAUGGGCCUGGGUUUAUGUAUUUCUUGUUUUUGAAGCUUCGUAGCGGACCGCGUCUCCAUGUUCCGUCCAAACGUUCCAUUGUCGGGAAUAAUAUCCAUGCG